GAGGAUGAUCCUCACCCCAAAGCAGCCCCGAGAUCCCUCUCCAGAUGUUGGCAUCGCUGGUGCAUGCCCGGCACGUUGAACCCCUACUUUCUCGGCACCCACCCCGGGCAGCACCCUGGGGUGCCCUGUCCCCCCACCCCACCAUGGCGCUGGAGCCGGGGCCCGAGGCUCUGCUGGACCUCAGCUUCCUGACGGAGGAGGAACGUGGCGCCAUCGCCGAGGUGCUGCGCCGCGACUGGCAGCUCCGCCGGCGCGAGGAGGGGCGCAUCAGCAAACUCCGCAAGUCGCUGUCGGACCCGGCGCUGCUGAGGACCCUCACCGGGGACUGGUUCUGCGACGCCCGUGCCCAGCGCCACCGCCACCACCUGGGCUCCGACCUCGUCCGAGCCUCCAUCCGCCGCAGGAGGAGGCCACGGGGAGCAGGGGAGCUGGAGCGUGGCCCCAGCCUGGGCGAGCUGGAGACCAUCGGGGAGCCGCUGGUGGAGGAGAAGGAGGAUGAGGAUGGUGUGGCAGAGCUGGAGGAGAGCCCCCCUAUGGAGGAAGCGCCGGCGGCCGCAGAGCCCCAGCCCAGCCCCACUGCCACUCUGGAGGGGACCCCAGUGUCACAGCCCCCACGGCAGGGUGACAUCCCGACGAGGGAGCAGGACAUCCCGUUCCAAUCAGGUAACCAUGAUGGGGGGGUUAGGGGGGGGAGUGUGUACAUCAAGACGUACCUGCUGCCGGAUAAGUCCAACCGCAGCAAGCGCAAGACCACGGUGAGGAAGAGGAGCUUGGAUCCCAUCUUCAAUGAGACCCUCAAGUACAAGCUGGAGAAGAGGGACCUGCAGGGCCGGACAUUGAACCUCUCUGUGUGGCACCACGACAGCUUGGGCAGGAACCUCUUCCUGGGGGAGGUGGAGAUCGCGUUGGGCACCUGGGACUGGGCUAACACAAGCCCCGAGUGGUUCAACCUCCAGCCUCGGAUGCCCAUCUCCUCGGACGGCCUCACCAGCCGGGGCAACCUCAACUUGGCAUUGAAGUUCAUCCCCGCUGGCUCAGAAGGUGGGGGGCUGCCACCCACGGGCGAGCUACACAUCUGGGUGAAGGAUGCCCAGAGCCUCAUCCCUCUGCAGAGCGGCACCGUUGAUGCUUUUGUGCAGUGCUACGUGCUGCCGGAUGACAGCAAGGCGAGCCGGCAGAAGACGCGGGUGGUGAAGAGGAGCCUCAACCCCCUCUUCAACCACACCAUGGUCUACGAUGGCUUCCAAGCCAAGGACCUGGCCGAAGCCUGCGCCGAGUUCACCCUCUGGCACCACGAAGCCUUUUCCAAACGCCAGCUGGGGGGGAUCCGGCUCAGCCUGGGCACAGGGAGCAGCUACGGGCUGGCCGUGGGCUGGAUGGACUCAACGGCGGAGGAACGGGGGGUCUGGGGGCGCCUCCUCCAGCAGCCCGGGCAGUGGGUGGAAGCUCUGUUGCCCCUUCGGACCAACCUGGUCCCCCGGGCAUAACCCCACCACCAUCACCAUCACCAUCACCACCACCACCACCCCCAGCUCCUCAGGGACCACCUGGUGCCUGUGGGACCCGGGUUGGGGACAGAGCUGAAGCCCAGAGCAUCACUCUGUGGGGCUGGGGUCUGUGUGUCCCCCCUCUGCCCCUUUCAGCAGCAAUGAAGUGACACCGGAGGGCACA